CCACAGCCAUCCUUAAUUGGCUUUGGGUAGAUUGGAAUCACAUAAGCGGAGUGACAUUUAUUACUUCCCUAGUUUCUUUGCACUGAGCCCUGAGAUUCCCAAGGAGUAACUGUUAAAGAUUUCUUUCAUUUCGUCCAUGAUCUAUGAGAGGGAAUCCUUCUACAAAGAGCAGGCAUGAGUCUGAGUGCAAGAAGAGUCACUCUGCCUACGAUAACGCCAAUAGUCCUACAGAAAAGGGUAAUUAAAGUAUACAGUGAAGAUGAAACCAGCAGGGCUUUAGAGGUACCCAGUGACAUAACUGCCCGAGAUGUUUGCCAGCUGUUGAUCCUGAAGAAUCAUUACAUUGAUGACCACAGCUGGACCCUUUUUGAGCAUCUGCCUCACAUAGGUCUAGAAAGAACAAUGGAAGACCAUGAGCUGGUGAUUGAAGUGCUAUCUAACUGGGGAAUGGAAGAAGAAAAUAAACUAUACUUUAGAAAAAAUUAUGCCAAAUAUGAAUUCUUUAAAAACCCAAUGUAUUUUUUUCCAGAGCAUAUGGUAUCUUUUGCAACUGAAACCAAUGGUGAAAUAUCCCCCACACAGAUUUUGCAGAUGUUUCUGAGUUCAAGCACAUACCCUGAAAUCCAUGGCUUCUUACAUGCAAAAGAGCAGGGAAAGAAGUCCUGGAAAAAGAUUUACUUCCUUCUAAGAAGAUCUGGUUUAUAUUUUUCUACUAAAGGGACAUCAAAGGAACCACGGCAUUUGCAGUUUUUCAGCGAAUUUGGCAAUAGUGAUAUUUAUGUGUCCCUGGCAGGCAAAAAAAAACACGGAGCACCGACUAACUAUGGAUUCGGCUUUAAGCCUAACAAAGCAGGAGGGCCCCGAGACCUGAAAAUGCUCUGUGCAGAAGAAGAGCAGAGUAGGACGUGCUGGGUGACUGCGAUUAGAUUGCUUAAGUAUGGCAUGCAGCUGUACCAGAAUUACAUGCAUCCAUAUCAAGGUAGAAGUGGCUGCAGUUCUCAGAGUAUAUCACCCAUGAGAAGUAUAUCAGAGAAUUCUCUCGUAGCAAUGGACUUCUCAGGACAGAAAAGCAGAGUUAUAGAAAAUCCCACAGAAGCCCUUUCAGUCGCUGUUGAAGAAGGACUUGCUUGGAGGAAAAAAGGAUGUUUACGCCUGGCCACCCAUGGUAGCCCAACUGCCUCUUCCCAGAGCUCUGCCACAAACAUGGCCAUCCACCGGUCCCAGCCAUGGUUUCACCACAAAAUUUCUAGAGAUGAAGCUCAGCGAUUGAUUAUUCAGCAAGGACCUGUGGAUGGAGUUUUCUUGGUACGGGAUAGUCAGAGCAACCCCAAAACUUUCGUACUGUCAAUGAGUCAUGGACAAAAAAUAAAGCAUUUUCAAAUUAUACCAGUGGAAGAUGAUGGUGAAUUGUUCCACACCCUGGAUGAUGGCCACACGAGAUUUACGGAUCUAAUCCAGCUGGUGGAGUUCUAUCAACUCAAUAAGGGCGUUCUUCCGUGCAAGUUGAAACAUUAUUGUGCUAGGAUUGCUCUUUAGCCAAACCGGAAGUGACUGGUUAAGCUGUUGAAGAAAAAGGACUCACAACAACAAAAAAAAACAAAAAAGAAACAAAAAAGAAAAGAAAGAAAAAGAAAGAGAGAAAAAGAAGAGAAGAAAAGAAAAAGAAAAGACCAUAAACAAGGGAGAAAACGUUGCCAUGGUGAAAAGAAUCUGUUUCACCAGAAGUUACAAAAAAUAGCUUGUGCAUUGCAGAUAAGCAAAGAUUUGGAUUGACAUUACAUUCAUCAUCUAAAAUUCAUUAGUUAAAAUUAAACCUCAGAAAAAAUGA